GGAGGGGGUUUCUUCAGUUUUAGAGACGGGACGCGAGAAGAGACGCCUCCUUUCUCCCUGAGGACACACACGCACACACACACAGUUCCAGUAGGAAAGAGUAUAAAGGAGAAAACGCUGUGAGUGCAGCAGAGAGAGAGAGGAAGGAAGAGGAAUGAGGCUGGAAAAAGAACAAGCCUGAACACACACACACACACACACACACACAGAGUCAGUGGCAGCGUGAGCAGAAACCAGAUCGCAGGUCCUGGUCGUUCUGUCAGUUGAGGAUCAGAGUUUACUGGAGCUACAGGAGCAUCUUCUCUGGACUGAGACCUGGUCCUUGUCCUGGUCCUGGACUCACAGAUGUGUGACGGAGCUGCAGACGACAGAGGAACCUGAGGAGAAACGAUUCUUCAUCUCAUCUCUGCAGGUUUCUUUGGAAACAUUCAACGUUACUUUCCCUGAAUGGAUUCUCGUUCCCCUGCUGACCUUUGACCCUGUGUGUCACGCUGGACCGUGGUUCCUCAACAUUUGAUGUUUCACUGCGAUGGAGGUCAGAGGGGCGGAGUCUCAGCGGCUCGCUGUGAUUGGCUGAUUCCACUCUUCUUCAGGACAAAUGUUUGGAUCGGGGAUUCUCCACCUUCACUUCCUGCAGAGGAUCAUGGGAAAUAUGAGUCCACGGACACACAGAUGAUGUCAUUGAUUGCCUCAUAAACAAAGUAACAUCUCUUCAGCAUCGACAGUGACAUCAUGUUACCUGGAGGUCAGGGGUCAGGCGGGGGGAGGCUGGGCCUGCUGCGGUGGCUUGGACUCCGGUUGUGGUCCCGGCGCGGGACCCUGGUCUUUGCUCUGCUCUGGUUCGGCUCCUGGUUGUUUCUGAAUGGCCUAGUUCUGGUUCACAGGAGCAUCAUGAUGUCGGACUACUGCACUGACGACAAGAGCCAGAGGAUCCUGCAGCGACUGUGCGUGGAGUUCGGUGAGGGGGUGGUGACAGGGGACAUGUGUGAGGACAUGUGUGUCCUCGGCCUGGUCGACUACAAACGCUGUCUCUACUACGAGAACGGGAAGAAGGUGAUGGAGGGGCGGUGGAGAGGAAAACCCAUCAUCCUCAAGUCCAAGCUGGAGAACUUCUCCUCCUACGAGCCGCUGGGAAUCCUGGACUAUCAGGACGCAGCAGAGGACGUGUCUCCACUCGACAUGGUUUUCUAUGCCACUCUGGAGGUACGAAACUCGCUGGGAUUGGCUGAGGCAGAUGAGGAGGAGGAGGAGGGCGGAAGAGGAGGAGGAGGCGGAGCCAACAGUUCUCUGGCCAGGCUUUGGGGGAAGAAGCUGAAAAAGCGAGACAAGAGUUUCUCCAGAGCAGAGUUAGCGUCGCUAUGGUCGCUGCUGCAGCAGGAGGAGUACACCUUCCUCAGACUCCUGCAGGACCUCAGCACUCACGUGGCCAAGGUGCUGGGUUCUUGUGGUCAUUUCUACGCUGUGGAGUACCUGUCAGCAGGACAUGCCUGGGACCAGAACAUCUUCUCCCUGGAGGAUGUGGUGGUCCCUGGACGCAUGGGUCGGGACCGGGCCGGACCACGUGGACGCUGGACCAGCAGGGAGAUGGUCCACCGCAUCGCGCUGAGUUUCCUGGACAUGGUUUGGCACUUUGACAACGACUUCGCCCACAAACUGCACCUGUGCGACAUCAAGCCGGAGAACUUCGCCAUCAGGACGGACCUGACCGUGGUGGCGAUCGACGUGGACAUGGCGUUCUUUGAGCCAAAGAUGCAGGACAUCCUGGAGCAGAACUGCAGCAGCGACGACGACUGUAACUUCUUCGACUGUUCGUCCAGGUGUAAUCUGAGCAGACGGAGGUGUAACCCACGGCGACGCAACACUAACCUGCAGGUGAUUUGUGAGAAGAUUUUCAGGCCGUGGUUUUCUCCCACUCUGCUCGGGGCUAAAGCAGGGCUCCCCCUACAGGUGGAGCUGCAGCGGGCUGUGCAGGAGUGUUCAGAAACAGAUGGAGGUGUAGACGAGAGAGAAGACGAUGCAGCAGGUGGACGACCAGGAGGGGGUAGCAGCAGCAGAGACAUCCACCAGCGUCUUCUCAACAUCCUGACCCGUCUCCUCCAUGAGGGAGGAGCUUCAGAUGAGGGAAGAAGAGAGCGUGAGGAGAGAGGCCACGCCCACACAUCCCUGAACUUCUGAAGAGCACAUGAAGGAAACUCAGAUUAAAACUGGAGUAAAGACAUUUUCAGGAUCAUAUCAGUAACUCUGAGCGCCCCCUGCUGCUGAGAACUAGCACUAGGACUCUCACACACUCAGUGAAAACAAAAUGGCUGCCAACUUUAACAAAAGACUCUUGAUAUUAAAUCUACAACAGUUUAAGUCUACAAUAUCAGUGUCACAUGUUCACGUGUUCACCAAAGCCCAUAGAGAUGGGCUUUGGUGUGGGACAGUAAGUGGUUUACAAACGUCUGUCUAACAGUGAGAUAAAUACGUGAACAUCAGUUUUUGGUGAAACUCUCAGGUUUCUAUUCACCUGAGGAUCAUGUGAUGGAUGAUUUCUUUUCUUCUUCUUUAAUUAAAGCAGUUUUUUAGUCUCAGUGAGAUUCAAGAAAUUCUCUUGUUUGAAGAGGAACAAAUGUAUUCAUGAUGUCAUUUUUUAGACUUUUAUUCUGACAUUUUCUUGACGACGUCACCUGUUUUUCACUCAUUGACACUGAGUAGACGUUUGUGGAGGCGGAUCACUGGUAUUAUGGGACUUUAACAAAAGAUCUAAAAAAAUGUUAAAAUUUAAACACAUUAACAUGUUUACGACAGUGUUGAAAUAAAAGACAAGAAAUGUGACGUCACUAUCUGCUAACGUAAACAGUGUUAGCUUAGCAUUAAAACUGGAAAACAUAUUUAGUUUCUAUUUUAACUUAAGUUUGAAUUUUAAAUGUUUUUGUUUACAGAUGAAUAAUAAAAUAAUAAU